AUGGACCAGUCAGAUGGGAGUUCCAAUCCGAACUUCCCGAUGGGAAAACCAUACGAUGUUGGUGUCGGUCACGCCCUCAUCACCAUGAUCGAACCGAAGUCUGGCCACGAGGUAGAAUACAACCGAUGGUAUGAAGAUGAUCACAUGUUCGCUGGAGCUCUAAAUCUCCCUUGGUGCUUCUCGGCACGCAGAUGGGUCGCGACCUACGACCUGCAGAAUAUGCGCCUACCAAAACCGUACGCGAUGGCCGCUGAAUCGGCGCCCCAAGCUUGCUACCUGAGCACUUACUGGAUUGCUCCUGGUAAGCUUGACGAGCACAAGGAAUGUAGUUACUCCGUUUACAACAGGCUUCUGGCUGAGCGUCGUAUCUUCUUCGAACGAAUUCAUGUCUUUACCUCUUUUCAGGACAAAGUUGGUACCAUCUAUAGAGAUGCAUCUGUUCCCAACGACAUCUUCACCUUGAUGGAUCCAGCACCUGGUCUCGUCCUGGAAGUCCUGUCUACAACAUCCGAAAACAGAAGAGGCGACCUCCUCAAUUGGCUUCUGUCCCUUCACCUUCCCAGUCGAGUCAAAGAGCAUGGGCCUGUUUCAAGUGCGAUGGUAUUUUGCUCUCCAGGAAACGAUCGGAUGAUGACACAGGAGGUCAAGAACCAGCUUGGUGACGUUGCGUCAACAGCUAACGAUCCUUGUAAGAUGACAAUUCUAUGGUUUCUAGACAAGGACCCUCGCGAAAUUUGGAAUGGUAUUUUUAGCGCCGAACCGGAACUCGUUCGUCAAAGCGGUCAGGGACAAUUGAGCUUCAUGAUACCAUUCAUACCAGCAAAACUGGGAACAAACAAAUACGUUGAUCAGUUGAGAAGACCAAGUUGA